AUGUUACUGACCAGACUAUCUUCGAUUUUUAUAUUUGUGUAUUUGGUCUCUGCGACUUGGACAUUUAGCGAGCCUAAGAUUUGUGGCGAAAGAAGAAGAACUAUGCUACCGUUCACUGGCUUUAAGAUUAGUCGCCAGUAUAAGCUUAACGGAAUUGUUCCCCACUCAAUGCAUUUUGUUACUAUGACACACUGCGAUCACGGGAAAUCUGACUAUGCAAAAUCACUUCGUACCAACUCUAGCGACUUUAUAGACUGGAACCGUCCUUUUUGUUUGCUUAAGCCAGGAUCUCAAUCUGUUAAAAAAUCUCAAGAUACACUUUUGGGGCCUGUUGUGAGAAACAAAACUCUUGAAAAAGAGAUUCUUAAAGAUGAAAGUCAGAAAUCUCAAAAGCCUUAUUGGAGGGAUAAGAUGAAUAGUAUUAGAAAGAAGGUAGACAAAGCAAUAAAAGGAGAGCUAGACAAGGGACUAGAGAAAUCAACAGAAGGACGAUUCUUAGAAUACACAGGAAAGGAAACAGCUAGCUAUUUGGAUGAAAUUGCGCAGGCGGGCCCUCGAGUAUCAAUGGAAUGGGAAGCAGCAAACUUAGUGUGCUACAAAAUGGCAAGACGUAAGAAGUAUGCGAGAAGAGAUAUUUCGUUUUACAUGCCUCAAACGUUUGUGGGAGGCUUAUUCGAAUGUCCCAUUCCCUCAACGAAAAAGAAAGAAAUAUUUCUGAAGUUUAAAACCUCUGACUUCCUUAAAACUUUUGAUUUCAGUUGUGACAGCUCAAUUGCGAAACCAUUACUGCCAUUGAUUGCAGAGGACAGCACAAAACAAUGGUUUCAUACUCCAUUUCUCACGUUGAGCCCCUCAGUCAUACAGACAAUCCCCUAUUUAUCUACAGUUACUCCUCUUAACCUAAGGUUUGCCGCUAGUGAUACUCCUGAUAUGUUUAUGAAUACAUGGGCCUCAGACAUUCAUGUAAAUGAGGAAUACAACUAUUCUGAGCUAGAUUUGCAUUUAAUAUCGAGAGCUGUCGCAUUGUCCGCUGACUAUUUAAAUAAGUUUCUCAAACCAGUGAAUAUGGAGAGAAUAAUAAGUUCCUCCUUCCGAACUAGUCGACUGCACGCUCUGGAAAGUCCAUUGUUAACAGAAAAUGACUAUUUUCGCAAUAAGUUAUCGAACCUCACGUUGGAUCAGAAAACUAACCUAUUUUUAUCACUGACAAGUAAUGAUAGACAAGCACUAAUCCAUCUAGACAAGUUACAAGAGAUCUGGGAUACUCUAAUCGGCUGA